AUUUUACCAUGCUCGACGAUGGACCCAGAUUUUACUUGGCCACAUCGGCCUUGGCGCUGGCUGUCUUCACCUGUUACCGAAAAUAUCAGGACAAGCAAUCGGGCCCCCCACUUCCACCUGGUCCUACCCCCCUCCCAAUACUGGGGAACAUUCUGAGUCUUGAUGUCGCUCAGCCUUGGGUGACCUUCGAUGCCUGGAGGUCCACAUACGGCGACAUCAUUUAUGCUCGUCUCCUCAACAAGCCUGUGGUUGUGAUUAACUCUGAGGAGGUUGCGAAAGACCUCUUUGAAGGGCGUUCUACUAUAUAUUCGGAUAAACCUCAGUCCAUUGUUUAUGAACACUUCGCUUCGGACUUCAACAUAGCACUCAUGCCGUAUGGAGACAGGUGGCGCCUUCACCGACGAUUUUUUCAUCAGGCAUUUCGUCAAAGUGAAGUACACGCUUACCACGCUGUGCAAUUGCGUUGCGCCCACAAAAUGUUGCUCCGUGUGCUACAGGACCCUAGUGAAUAUUCAAAACAUUUCGAGAUGUUUAGCGCUUCCUUUGUACUGGCUAUAGUAUAUGAUUAUGAACUGAAAGUCAGGGAUGAUCCCUUCGUCCACGUCAUGGUAAAAUAUUUGAAUCAGGUAGUCACAAAUCUGACGCCAGGUGCUACUGUGAUACUCGAAACAUUCCCUUUCCUUUUGAAGCUGCCUAACUGGUUUCCUGGUGCCACAUUCAAGCGAGCAUCGCUGGAGUGUCUCAAGGCAGCCCAUGAUAUAAAGGAGAUACCCUUUCAAAUGGUCAAAGAGAGAAUGUCUACUGGCAUCACGGCACCUUGCUUUGUGGCUGACGCAUUGAACAGGAUGAGCGGUUUAGACGACGCUGUCAUUACAACUGCAAUCAAGGAGGCUGCUUGUGUCACAUUUGGAGCGUCAUUUGAAACGACUACUUCCACGUUGCUUGUGUUCAUUCUUGCUAUGGUGCUCAAUCCAGAGGUACAAGCCAAAGCACAAGCAGAGAUUGAUGAAAUUGUUGGCAAAGAUAGACUCCCAGAUUUUGAUGACAGACCAGCGUUGCCUUACGUUGACGCUGUUUUGCGUGAAACGCUCAGGUGGUACCCUGUGGUUCCGUUUGGUAUUCCAGGCGCAACGACGACCAGUGACAUCUACAAAGGCUACUUCAUCCCUGAAGGGGUUGUUUUAUUUACAAAUACAUGGGCAAUCACACACGAUGCGAAGAAGUAUCCCUGUCCUGAUGAAUUCAAACCAGAAAGAUUUCUCCAUAAAGAUGGGUCGCUCACUAGCGACAUGAUGCAUAUAGGCUUCGGCUUUGGUCGCCGGAUCUGUGGGGGACGGCAUGUCGCAGAAGCGUCACUUUGGAUCGCGAUGACGAGCUUUCUCGCCAUGUUCUCAGCCCACAAGGCUCUUGAUGAGCACGGCAUAGAGAUCCCAGUCGUUCCAAACUUCUCUACAGGUCUCGUCGUUCAUCCGGAAAAAUUUCCCUGCCGCAUUGUCCCGCGAUUCCCCGACACGUCUUUGAAGACCCUGACGCACUUGACUGGGUUAGAUCCGUGUGUCGACAUCGCCUGAAUGCAGCAGAGCCUAUGAGGCAAUCGCAAUGGUGGUAUGAAUGUGUAGUAUAGUCCUCAUGGAUCUAGCUUCUUUCUACUUGGAUAAUGUUGUAUUUUUCCAUUCAAGUACAGGGCAGAAUUAGCAGAUAAAUAGUGCUUGACUGCACGCGCGUGUCAAGACUGGUAGUAAAUCUUAAUUAACUGGUUCGAAUUUG